AUGCGUCCGCUUAGACAAGCAGUCUCGGCGGAGAGCAUGACGUACGCGUCCGCAUCGGCGGCCGUGCCCAUAUCAGAGUCAUCGUCUCAACCCCUCUCCACUUUCAAGGCAAGUGUCAAAGAACGUGUGAGCGAGUUGGAAAAGAAGGCCGAAGCCGGCGGAACGCCCUCAGCCUAUCGACUGUCUCCCAGCAAGCAGGACUUGGCACGUGCGGCCGCUGUUCCACUCCCAGAGGACUCACCAGUCGUGCCGAAACCCUCACUGCCUCUACGAGCGCAGCUCCCCGACUCGCCGUCCUUCGCGAUGCCUCUCAACCGUCACCCAGGCUGGAACGAUACUUUGGAGAUGCCGACAUUGCUGGAGCUGUCCUUGGCCGAUAUGACGAUAUGUCCGUCCGCCGAAACGCCCGGUCACGCCCCAAGGCGGCAACAUUCGCAGCCCUUGAAAGAGGCCACUCCCCCGCCGGGCAGCGUCGCACAGCUCAUAGGCCGCUUCUCGUCGCCCUCGGAAACACCUAGCAAGACACCGCGCUCCUCAACCUCUCCCUCGUCAGGCGAGUCACGUCCACAGAAGACCAGCCCGCUCUCCGCGGAAGUAACUGGCUCAUCGUCCUCGACACCGGCCGCUCAACGGCGCAUCUCGCCCCUCCCCCGCAGGGUUAGCACCGUUAUGCCCGCUACAUAUGACAGCCCGAGCCUUUCCCUCAAGCGUAAAGGAAGCGACAUCGAGCUCUCAUUUGCUCAGAGCACGCCUAUCCCAAGAUCAAAGGCCGCACCACGCUUUUCCCAGCCUCUCAUUGCGUUUGGCGACAUGUCGCAGAACAUAUCGCCCUUCGUCUUUGGCAAUGGUGCCGGCGUCUUCGACGAUCUUAUGGCCAUCCAAACUGGCGUGGGUGAGGAGGAUGAGAUCGUGCACGAGGGAUUUACGCAGCUGCUUGAAGGUCUCGUCGUAAAGGAUGCCGCAGGCUUCCAGGGCGAUCUCCUUGGCUCGCCGGCGCCGGCUGCUCUUCCUCCGGCGCUGAAGCCUGAAAUCACGGGCGGGUCGGAUCUGCUCGACUUUGGGGAUGAUGAGGUCGAGCACGCCGCGAUCAAGAGUGCUGCCCACGGCGUCAAGGCUAAUGCUGAUGAGUCGGAGAAUGACGAGACCGUGAUGGAAAUGCGCCCGGAAAUGGUGGUGGACGUGGCUCCAAUCGUCACGGUCAACGAGGAACCAAAGACAUCAGAGGCCGAGGGGGAGGACGCCGAUGAGACAGUUCACGCGAUCACUAUUGCGUCGGCAGAGGCGCCAACUCCACGGACGCCCCAGCCUGUUCACGCGUCACCCGCGUCUCAGCCGUCCAAGCAACCUUCGACCUCGAAACUCAGGAGCGAGCCGCCCUUGGACAUCUGCGCCUUAGCAAGCUCGAUGACAGCAGCUACCCUCCAGUCGCCCGCGCACAGCGCCCACGUCGCACAAUCGUUCACGCCCAAUCAGACUCCGCCGGCCACGUCAGCACCAGAGCCAAUGUCGGUAGCUCCUUCUACCCUUCCAUCGUCCUCGCCCAAAAUCACUCCGGUCAAUGUCAAUCUCAAGGAGGUCAUACCAGUCGCGCCUUCUGUACUUAACGAAGAGCGGUCUGAGGCCGAAGAUUCGCUCGAAAAGAAGAAGCUCCUGACGGAGCUCGAGGAGCAACCCUUGCAGCAGGCCACGGAGGAAGCGCCUAUUGCCCCACUGGGUGCUACCACCUCAGCGACAGACACUACUUCCGGUGUUGCCGAGUCCAUCCCCUCAGACCCAAAGGUUGGCGCAGAGACCUCUGUUCCAGCUCCAGUUGCCUCCGCCCAGCCCGUGCAGCCGCCCGUUAUGGCGCCGACUCGCUCUCGUGGCCACGUGCGCAGCACGACCGCUCCUGUCAAGUCGACACAUACCUCGGGUCGUCUCGGUCCACCUUCGAGGGCUGCGCGAGGCCAUGGAGAUAAAAAGCCCUUUAAGCCUGUCUCCAGGCUCGGCACGGCCGAAGGCAAGGCUGCGCCUGCGCCUGCCCGCCUGGCGAUGGCCACCAAGGCGUCGCAGGCCAAGCCUGCUGCGACCGCAGCACCGGCACACACUACGUCGGCGACAGCCCCGAAGGCCCCCUCUGCGCCUAGCUCCAAGCCCCAUUCUCGCGGGCCGUCGAGGCCGGCCUCGAGAGCGGUCUCAAGAACUGUCAGCCCCCCACCUGAGCCGCAGCCAAAGCUGUCGCAGUCCAGCACGUCCACGGCAACGGCCGCGGGUACGCAACCCAAGCCCGCCAACAAGGCUACCUCGAAUCUGCUCAAGCCGACUGCCGCUGCUUCCGCUCGCGCGGCGGCGACUGUUGCAGCGAAGGAGAAGGAGGUGAAGGAACCACCAAAACCAUUCCGUGCGCCCUCAGCUUUGGCCUCUCGUGCCCCAACGCGCACUGCGUCCUCUUCUCGACCAGCGCACAGUUUAUUUGCGCCAACUGCAGCUUCGCGUGCCCGUGCAGAGCCUGCUUUGCCACCUUCCAAAAGGCAGCGUGUUAAGCUAAAGGCGCCGAUGGAGAGCUUCAAGCCCGGCCGCCGGCCCAACGCCAAGGCCGCCGUGCUGGGUGAGACCGCGCCGCGUCUGCGUCAGGUGCGGAGGAAGGAGAAGGUGGAAGAGGUCAAGACGUUUCCACUGCCUGGGCCGCAGCUGGCUUCGUCGACCUUCAAAGCGCCUGUCAAGGAGUUGGCUGCGGAUCAAACUGCAACGGAGGGCUCCCCUUCCCUCAACGCCCUCAACAUUCCUGGAUCCCGUGACGAGACUGAAAGCAUGGCGCGUUCGCCUACGUCGCUCUCGCCGUUGGCACACUCUGCAGCUCUCUCGCCAGCGUCAUCUCGGCACACGGAGCGGUCGUACGACUCGUCAAAGUCGAGCCCGCGCAAGAUGCGCCCGUCACCGAGUCGACCCCUCGACCCUAUCCUCACGCCGCUGCACCAUGCGUUGGCGAAGGAGGCCACGCCGACAAGACCUGGGAGAGACACGCCGGCAACGGCGCACGCUCGACGCAUUUCAGGCAUCCCAGCGAGUGUACAGCGAUCGCUGAGUGCGUCACGGGCUGCUCCCGAGGUGGUGGAAGAGGAUGAGGGGCGGGGGGGAUUUGACGGGAGGGACCUUUUUGGAGAGGGAGAGAAGGAGGGCGCAACCAGCGUUGUGCGGCACGAUGUGAGCACGCCGCAAGGCAAGGCGUCGAGUCUGCUUGCGAAGCUGAGUGCUGAGCGGCGGGCACUGGCGACGAGAGACGGGAACAAGGACUAG